GGGUUCGAUAUUCACCGUAUAUAUUUCAUGUGAUGAACAAAGUACACAACGGUACACUCGACCCUCACGGCUGACCUGUGCCAGCACUAAACAUUUUGUGAAGUUGGCAAAAGUGUGAAAAGAUGGCAGAUUAUAGCAAGCUGGUGGAAGGUCUUCGCAGAUCCUUCAAAAGUGGAGUCACAAAAUCAUACGAAUGGCGCAGAAAGCAGCUAGAAGGUGUUCUCAGACUCUUGGAUGAAAACCGAGACAGAAUUGCAAAGUGCCUCAAAGAAGAUUUGAACAAGCCGACACUAGAAGCAACAAUGUAUGAGAUUGAUUACUCCAGAAAUGACUUGGUUGACACCAUGAAUAACUUGAAGGAAUGGAUGAAACCAGAAAAGGUAAAGAAGGGUUUACUGAACAUCAUGGACACUGCCUACAUUCAGAGGGAGCCAUUUGGAGUUGCUUUGGUCAUGGGUGCCUGGAAUUACCCCAUUCAGAUUACAAUUUUGCCUGUGUUUGGAGCACUUGCAGCUGGGAACUGUGUUGUCCUGAAGCCCUCAGAAUUAGCUGCCUCCACUGCUCAGCUUCUGGAGGAGUUAAUACCCAAGUACCUGGACAAUGACUGUGUAAAAGUUGUAAAUGGAGGAAUCCCCGAGACCACAGCUCUGCUUAAGGAGAGGUUUGAAUACAUUUUUUACACAGGGAACACAACAGUGGGAAAAAUUGUGAUGAAGGCUGCAGCAGAGUACCUAACCCCUGUGACCUUAGAGCUGGGUGGAAAGAGCCCUGUAUAUGUAGAUGAGAACAGUGACCUGAGUCUAGUGGCCAGAAGAAUAUCCUGGGGGAAGUUGGUCAAUUGUGGACAAACUUGUAUUGCCCCAGAUUAUGUCAUGUGUAAGAAAGAUGUGCAGGACAAGCUGGUGGAAGAAUGCAAGAAAGCAAUGGCAGAAUACUACCCAGAUCCUGCCAAAUCCGAGGACUACGGGAGAAUCAUAAAUGAAAGGCAUCUUCAUCGUAUUAAGAAGCUGAUUGAUGGAUCGGGGAAGCUGGCAAUUGGAGGAGAAGUCGAUGAAAGUCAGAAAUACAUAGCACCUACAGUUCUCACUGAUGUCAAACCUACAGACCCUGUCAUGCAGGAAGAGGUGUUUGGGCCAGUCCUUCCCAUUAUGCCCAUUAGCAGUGAUGAUGAAGCCAUUUCCUUCAUCAACAAGGGAGAGAAGCCUCUAGCCAUGUACAUUUUCUCCAAGAACCACGAUGUGGCCAAGAAGUUUUUGAAUAACACAAGCAGUGGAAGUUUCACAUUCAAUGAUACGAUGAUGCAGGCUGGGUUGAUGACAUUGCCAUUUGGAGGGGUUGGUUCCAGUGGUACAGGAGCCUAUCAUGGGUUCCAUACCUUUGACACCUUCUGCCACAAGAGAGCAGUUCUCGAAAGAAAGCAUGGGGGUGAAGGAAUGGUAGCAAUUCGAUAUCCGCCAUAUUCAGAGAAAAAAGGGAGCAUUGUUAGGUGGAUUAUGAAGAAAACGCCCAAUAAAUCGGGUUUACGAACCCUGGUUCCUUAUUUCUUGUUCGGAACUAUUUUUGCUGUUCUAUUCAAGGUCUAUGGAUUUCAUAAUAAAAUCCCAUUUCUACAAUGAUGACUUUAAAAAUGUGAUACCAUGCAACAUAUAUGCAAAUCAUAUUCACACAAUACGAGGAGCCUGAUGUUUUGUGUUGUGACACAUGCUUGCAUUGCUAUGUGUACAAUAAUUUUCUUCUAUGUUAUUAUAAAACAAAUCUGUGCAUGAAAAACUUUUAACAAAUAUUAUGUUAGCUAUCAGAAUUUAAAUUGUAUGUACUGCAUAGAGUUCUAUGAAUUUUAAUCAUUUAGUAUCAUGAUUAAACUUUUGCAUGUUGGAAGAAUUGACCUUGAAGGAUUUUAUAAUGUUUGUCUUGAAUCUUCUGUCUUCAAAAUUCUCUCUUGCUUUUAAUUAUAUUGUCUUUAAAUAUUCAUGUACCCCAUAUACAUUAUUUGGUUUUCUUUGUUUUUUGUUUUUUUUGUUUUCUUUUCAUUAAAUCAUUAACUAUAAAUUGAUUAGAGUUAAAAAAAAUAAUUUGAAUAGUUUUAAAAAUAAAAAAAAUACAUGUUAUAAGUUGCACAGUCUUUGGAAGAGUGACUUGCAUGUCUUAUACAUGUCCUAAAAAAUGUGUACAUGUAUAUUUACAAAAGACAGUGAGGUUGUUGUUACAAUUUGAUAGUAUUAUUUUUUGCAUGUUUUGAAAUCGAACUUUUAUAAUAAGAGUAUUUACCAGAAUUCAGAUACUGGCAUAUCUGUACAUGUAUUUACAAUGAGUAAAAUUUCUUUUAUAGAAAAGUCUCUAAAAACUAAAUACUAAUAAAUUUUCUUUAAACACGUUAUAAAUUUAAUCAUGAAUUACAUUGAAAUUUCAUGAUGAUAUACAUAUAUAUGCACGUGUAACAGUAGGUGAUGUAAUAGAUAUUGAUAUGCCAAUUGUAUAAGAUCAUUUAACUAAUUUAAAAAUUUGUUGGUUUUUUUUUUAUAUAUACAAAAAUGAUACAUGACUUUAUAACUUAUUAAAUUGUUCUUUAAUGAAUAAACUGUCAAAGUGGA